UACACAGUCCUUCAUAUACUUUGGUCUGUGGUCUGUGGUUCUGUGGUCUGUGGUUAAAUAUACGCGCAGAUCGCAGAAUCACGUCAUCACGUGUGUUUUGUUUACUUACGUAUGCCAUCGCCCAUCUUGCGACUUGCUUUUAUGCUUUGUGUGUAAAUUGUGGACAUUGUGAAAUCUUGGUUUUGUUUGUUAACGCUGUCCACAAUUUCUCUAUAAACGUGCAUAUUUAACGCAGUUACAAGAAAAUGGACCAUAAAGACAAAGAAAGUGAGGAUGAGGAUGUAACUCCCCCAAAGAAAAAGAAAUAUACAAAAAGAGUGCAAAAAUAUCGCUCGAUGUGGGAAAAAACGUUGAAAUGGCUAACUCCAGAGGAGGAUAAUACAAAAGCUUUUUGUAAAGUGUGCAAUGUAUCGCUUAAAGCAGAGUUGCAUGUUUUAAAACUACAUGAUGCUUGCCAACGUCACAAACAAAAUUUGAGUGCUAAGAAAGCACAACCGUUCAUCGAAAAGUUCACAUUGCCUAUCCCUACGAUCAUAAGAAACGACGUCAAAGUUGCAGAAAUCAAACUGGCUGGAUUUUUCGCGGAGCAUAAUGUACCUUUUACAUUGGUUGAUCACCUUGUACCCCUACUCAAAGAAAUUGCACCAGAUUCGAGAACUCUAUCUGACAUGCAACUUGGAAGAACGAAGUUGACAGCCCUAGUGAAAAACGUAAUCGGUUUGGAGCAUAAAAAUGAUUUAAUACAAACAUUAAAAAUGUCAAAAUUUAGUAUUUUAACAGAUGAAUCCACAGACAUAUCGUGUCAAAAGACUGCAUGUAUUGUAGUAAGAUAUUAUGACCAAGGGUGCUCUAGAAUUAGAAGUAGUUUUUGGGAGCUAAUUCAAUUGUUUGGUGAUAGUGCAGAUCAAGGUACUGUCGAUACGAGCGUAACAGGUGAACGUUUAUAUAACGUAAUUGUCAAUUCAUUUGAAAAACACAACAUACCUUUAAGUAAUGUGGUUGGUUUUGCUUCUGAUGGCUGUAAUGUUAUGAUGGGUAAAAAUAAUAGUGUUGCCUCAAGGUUUAUAGACAAUUUUCCAGGAAUUGUCAUCGUUAAAUGUAUUUGCCAUUCAGCGCAUCUUUGUGAUAGUGAAGCAUGUAAACAAUUACCACGCCAUUGUGAAGACCUGAGUAGAAAUAUAUAUAAUCAUUUCAAAUAUAGCUCCAAACGACAACAUGACUUUAGGCAGUUCCAAUCAUUUUUAAAUUUAGAAAUUCACAAAUUGUUACAUCCAUCACAAACCAGGUGGCUUAGUUUAAAUGAGGUAGUUGGUAGAAUAAUAGAACAGUGGGAUGCUCUUAAACUAUAUUUCACAAAUACUUGGUUGUCUGAUAGACUUGUUGCCACAGAACAAAUAUUUAAUGCUUUAAACGAUCCAUUUAUGAAACUUUAUUACUUAUUUUUAUUAUGGAUAUUACCUAAAUUUACAGAAUUUAAUAAAUAUUUUCAAUCAGCAAGAGUUGUAAUUACCGAAUUACAUACUAAAAUAGUCUCUUUAUAUUGUGACAUAUUAAUGUGCUACAUGGAUCGUGUUUAUGUUCAAACAACUCCUGUAGAAAGCAUAAAUCCCAAUGAUAGCUCUAAGUUUAUUUCUGUAAAUAAUAUGUACUUAGGUGUAAAUGUUUUAAACCAUUUAAAUGAUACAGACGUCAAAAGUAGUCCACAGCUGGAGCAAGAUUUUCGUCUACGCUGUAGACAAUUUUUGAUUACUGCUUGUGAGCAAAUUAAAAAAAGAUUUGAUUUCAGAGAUGGAAUUUUAAAAUUUCUCACUGCAUUAUCGCCCGAAAAUGCAUUAUCAAAUAGUUUUAGAAGUCACUAUCCUAGCUUGCAACCGUUGUAUGCAGUUAGUAAGAGAUUUUUACCAAAUAAUGUAAAUAUGAUUCAAGCAAUAGAUGACGAAUGGCGUAAAUUACCAAUGUUAACAGAUGAUGGUAUAAGGAAGGAACAGAUAAUUGAUACAUUUUGGGGAAAACUUGCAUCAUACAAAAAUGUGUUGGGCGAAUAUGAAUACAGAAAUUUGGCGUUAUUUGCUAUAUCAUUAUUAUGUAUACCUCAUGCUAAUGCUGAUUGUGAAAGAAUUUUCAGUAAAGUGAACUUAAUUAAAACUAAACCCAGGAAUAAGUUGGCAACAAGAACUGUCAAUGGUGCUCUAUUGGCAUCGCAAUGUAUAGCAAACAGUGAAUCAUGUCUAAAAUUUCAACCUACUACCGCUAUGGUAAAGUCAUGUAAUUCCCAAAUGUAUGACCAUAAAAAUUUUAAGGAGGAAGAAAAUUUAGAGGAAGAGGGAGAUGGCGAUUUUAUUUUCUCCAACUAAUUUGUUUAUUUUGCUCAUUAAUAAACUUUAAUCUUUGUG